AUGUUCAAUCACAAGUUACCGACUGACUUUCCGAUGCAAACCCUUCGUAAGAAAACCAGCCCUUGCAAAUACAAGAACGAGCCGGGUCGCUUCCUCGGCGAGGGUGUCUCGUUUCGCGCCAAACUUAUCGGCGUUCUCGAGGUACCAGAGGCGCGCGGUGAUAGGAUGUGUCAGGAGGCACUUGCAGAUUUAAAGAUGGCGAUCAGAGCGGCGGGCGAGCACAAGCAGAGGAUACAGGUCCACGUAGCCAUCGACGGACUGCGACUGCGCGACGAUAAGACCGGCGAUUCCUUAUACCAUCACCCUGUCCACAAGAUAUCGUUCAUCGCGCAAGACAUGACGGACUCUCGUGCUUUCGGGUACAUCUUUGGAUCUCCAGAUACCGGUCAUCGAUUCUUCGGCAUCAAGACUGAUAAAGCAGCUAGUCAAGUAGUUAUAGCAAUGAGGGAUUUAUUCCAAGUAGUAUUUGAACUUAAGAAGAAGGAAGUGGAAAUGGCCAAACAGCAACUUGAAGGGAAAAACGUUACCAGUAGUCUGAUAAGACACACCACGAGCACAGUUACUGAUACUAAGUCUAAGCUAAUACCAAUUUCUGGUGAGACAAGUUCCUCUACGUCAAAACAAGAGAGUGGUGCGGAGGGUGGAGUUGCAGAACUAGUGGACUUGGAGCAAGAGUUGUGCUCACUUAGACGAGGUCUGACCCAAGUGGAGGGCCUAACGCCUUCGACUGAUCCCUUCGGAGACUCCUUUAUUGUCCCCACUCAGAAGGGUCUGCUCCCCCCUCCCCCGGGCGCAGCGCGAGGUCGAGUCGCGCCGCGGUCGCUCAGCCCCAGCAAACCAGUAUCAUUCGACCUGUCAGCGGUAGCAGGAGACUUCGAGCCUAAGCCGGCUACGCUGGUCGACGAGCCCGAGCCGCCGGUGGGCCGGGCGGCCGCGCCGGCGUACGACGUGUUCACGGAGCUAGACCCGCUCGGGACCGGUCGGAGUAGACCAUAUGUUGACAAAAAACUAUUCUUUCAGGAGCUCAAAAACCCACCCAAGAAAGUGCUCAAAGACCUCGUCCCGUCGAACCCCCCUCCCCCACCCGACCCCCCGGAGCGCGCCGACUACGGGCCCCCCACGGCGCUGAGCUCGCUGUCCCGCCAGUCGGGGGGCACGGUCGCGAUCGCGAGGGCGCCGCGCCCGCCGCCGGCCGCCGACUUUUUCUCGUCCGAUCCGUUCGCGGAGACCGACCCCUUCGACGACGCGGACCCCUUCGACUCGUUUCGCGAGGACCCGUUCGCGGGCGCGCUGGACUUCCCGAGGCCGAGCGAGAAGCCCGAGCUCAGUAAGGACCCCGUACUCGAGCAGCCGGACGCGGACCGCCCCGCGUUCGGCGGGCCGCUGCAGGUGUCGCUGCCGCCCGAGCCGACGCCGCGCUCCCCGCGCCUACCCCGGCAGAGCUCGAGCUCAGUCCGGCAGCGGCCGGCGGCGCGCGCGGUCGUGUGCGGGGGCGCGUCCCCGCCGCCGCCGCUGCCGCCCAAGAAGCCGGCGGACGUGAGCCCCGCGCCGCCGCGCCCGCCCCACGCCGACGACGACACGCCGCCGCUGCCCAAGCCCGCGCGCAAGAGGGAGCCGCUGACAUGUCUCGAACCCCAGACGGACCGCAGUACCAAGCCGCGUCAGUCGUCCCUGGCCACCAACAGCAGCGAGGACGAGUACCUGACCCCCGCCCCCCCUCCUCUACCCGCCGCGCGCCGCUUCGAUAUCACGCUCACUCAGCUACUUACCCUCACUAUGGAUGAUCUCGCUGCCAGACUUCGUGUACCAGCUGCAACAUUGUCUUCAAUGACUCUACCUCAACUAACAGAAUACCUUAGAUCCUAUGUGGCGACAGAAAAUGAUAAAGCGCACAUACAUGCGGAUCCAGUCAUUAAGCCUGAAAAGGACAAAAUAGCUUCGAUUAUACCCGAAAUAUCGGCAGCUACUGUAAAACUCGACAUUCCUCUAUCUUUGGCACCUACGAGUACAGAUUUUAAGCCUCAGUUCGAAGAUAAUUUUGCUCCAACCGAGACUUCCGAAUCUUUCGUGGCUGAUUUCGACGACUUUGAGAAAAAAGCUAAUCCUACCUAUGAUAAAUAUGCUGCAUUUAGAGAAAUACAAGAACAAGAAUUAAAAUCUAAAUCAAUAUUAGAUCCAAUCGCGACUGAAAUAAAACAAAACAAUGAUAAAGAAAUGGCGUCGAUAGAGAAUAUAAUAAAAACUGAAGAACGAAAAAUUGAGGACCGUAAAGAAUUAGACAAGAGCCCUUUAAAGAGCUUAGACGAAUUAACGAUAGACUCUUUUAAUAUGUUCCGAAAUUCGGUAAGUCCGAAGCCCAUCGACGCUAAAAUCGAAGAUAUAAAGACUGUUAUGAAGAAUUUGCAGAUAGAAAAGGCUAGGCGUAGCGUGUCACCGCGGGACAAUGGUAUAACGGAAACAAAAAUUGACGAUGACAAUGAUAGAUACGCAGCUCUACGUGAUAUAACUAUAAUCGAGCCUCAAGACGAGUUCGAGUCUAUACCGCCGGAAGCUCCUAAGGAACGGAAGAAAUCUGACGAAAAAUCCGAUGGCUUCGAUAAUUCAGAUUUUUUCGACUGUAUCGACAACAGCUCCCUAUCUUUCAAUGUCGAGGAUGCAUUCAGAAAGAGUCCAGGAGUGAAAGAGAAGGAAGUGGAAAAAAAAGUUGAAGAAAAGAAAGAGACGCCGAUAGCAGCGUUACCAGUGAUGGACAUACCACCACCUACCAGGCUUUCCACCGGCUCCAACAGUGACGUCCCUAGCGGGUCUUCUCCGGACACCAAAGGUUCAAUUUUUUAUUUUUUGUUGGUAUACUUGUCUCUUGCAAUAUUAUCAGAAUUCAGUCGACGAAAACGUGGUAGUCGACACUGGACAUUAGGAUACUACAGAGCGCCGCCCGCCCCCGCAGCCCGCGCAGCCCCGGGCCCGAGGGCGGGCGGGCGCGCCGCCGCCGCCCGCCCCGAACGCCCGCCGCGCCCGCCCGUACGCGCCCCGCUCUACCCUUCCGGCUUCCGUUCUCGCCCAGGUCGCGGCCCGCCCGAUGAACUCGAUAAAAAUUUAAGGUUAAGUUAUUUUCAAAAAUAUAGAUUCGCUUACAUGAGAAUAUUAAAUGUAAAUAUACAAAUAGUAGUGACAUUGUUUUUCAUGGUUUAUUCAAAGUAUGCUACUUAUGAAAAACGUAAUAAAUCUAUAUUACCAAUCGAUAUACUUAUAUAUAAAGUGAACAUGUCCCCUGCAGUACAAACGUCAUCGUCAUCCCGAGACGUGUCCCCGUGGGACGAGGAGCCCCCACGAGCUCAUCCGCCACGCCGUGAACGGGAAUCGCGACAUAACUCAUCCGGCUCCAGGGAAUGCUUAGACUCCGAAAGUGGGAGAGAAAAGGAGAAAAUAAGAGAUAAACGUGGCAGUAGAGACAGAGACUUAAAUAGAGAUGGAAGAGAAUCGGCUAGAGAUAGAAGAGAUUCCGGGAGUGGGAGAGAUAGGCGUGACGUCAGUAAAGAGAGAGACCACAGGGACCACAGAGAGAGAGACAGAAGAGAUAGAAGAAGUAGAGACAGAGAGAAGGACACGUGGAGUAGGGAGAAGAAUUACAGUAGAGAAAGAGAUUUCAGGGACUCGCGGAGUAGAGAGAGAUCGAAGGAUUAUAGAGAUAUAGAUCGGCAUCGAAAACCUAGACAUUCGUAUGAUGAAGAAGAUUAUAGCGACGGUUGCUGCUCUGGCAGGUCUUCCCCGAGAGACCGGUGGCCCGACCAGCGGUGGAGGAGAGACGAGAGAAACUAUGGUUCUCUGGGGUGGCGGGAAACGAGACGUAGGAACGAAUUAAGACAAACUGACGAUCUAAGUGAAAGGAGAUAUGGAACUACACUAGGCUGGUCUGGACGUCGCUCCACAAUUCUUACUUCUAGGAGAGAUGCAGAUCGAGACCUUCGGGACGCUAGGGACUCCGGGCGGGACUCGAGAGACACGCGGGACUCCGGCCGAGAUUCGGGACGGGAUUCAAGAGACCCACGAGACUCUGGUAGAGAUUCACGGGAUACGAGGGAUUCCGGCCGGGAUUCGGGAAGAGACUCUCGGGAUCCACGGGAUUCAGGUCGCGAAUCGGGUCGGGAUUCGGUCCGAGAUUCACGCGAUCCGAGGAGGCGGAGGAGGGAGGAGCCCCGGACCAGACCACGGGAUUACCGAUUCUCUAACGAUUUCUCGCCUCGGGAGAGGGAUCGUACGUCUCCAUUCGAUAACGAUUUCCAAGACAUGCCGACGCCAAGUACUAAGAAACGUGCUCCGUACUCUUGUCUAGAAGGAACAAGGGCGGGCGAGGCGGAGGAGUCCACGGCGUCGCCGCAGUCCGGCAGCUCGGCGCGCGCGCGCGACGGCGACUCGCCCGCCGCGCGCUUCCGCUUCGACUCCGACUCCGUGUCGCCGCGCUCGCUGUUCGAGGACGACUUCGCCGCGCCCGCGCCCGCCAUCGCCGAGGAGGAGGAGGGCGAGCUGCCGCCGCUGCGCGCGCGCCAAGCCGCGCCCCGCGACCUGCGCAAGUCCGACUCCGUCAACAUCUUCACGCGCGACUGCGACCCCUUCGAGGGCGACGCCUUCUUCGCCUGCACGGGCUCGGACCGCGUGGCGCGCAGGGAGAACUGGCCCGGAGACUUCCAGGGGUUCGACAACGUGUAA